AUGAAAAAUCUGAAACCUGAAGAUAACUUUAGUAACAGUUUAGAUAGAGAAUUAAGAGCAGAACAAAAUGAUGACUUUGAACAAUAGUAUUUGGAAUUUUGUCUAAAGGAAUCUCGACCAAGCAGUGUAUUUCAAAAUGGUAUGUUCUCUUUGAGUAGAAUAGAUAAAACUCCAGAUAUGACAUAUACACCUAAACCAGAGUAAGAUUUUCUCUAGAACGAUGUAAUUUCAUUAUCAGAGAUGCAAACUUAGAUCAAUAAAACUUCUAAGGAUACUGGAUCAAGUCUUAUGACCUUUUUUUUUAUUAAAAGGUUUUUAGAAAAAGUUGGAUAAAAAAGACGAAAACUAGAGACUUUAAAUUACAAUAUUUUAAAUUUAAUAAGUGAUAAAGCAUCUGAAAAGUAUAGAAUUACAAUAAUUGUAGUUCAAAUGUGAUAGCCUAUGCCAAAUAGUUUUAGCGUAAAGAACUAUCUUUUAUAACUGUAUAAAGAAUAUUGACUUAAUAAUUUAUUAAAAGACGAACAUUAGAAGAAUUUAAGGAAUCUUUUGAGCAUAUACAAAGAUAGAUUUUCAAAUUUUUAUUAUUAGUUAUCUCUUGUAUACCAUUAAUUCAACCAGAAUGUAUGAUAAAAAUGUAUUGGGACUUCUUUGUUACUUUCAUUAGAGGAAUACUGGUAUUUUUGGUACCUUUAGAAAUUUCAUUUAAUUCAAAAAUUUUAUUAUCAGAAGACAGGAUAUUUUCAAUACUGAUAUUUAUAGUAUUAUAGUUAGAUUAUUUUGUAAAAAUAAAUACAAUCACAUAUAAAACAGGUAAAGCAAUAUCAGAUCGUUGGGAAAUUAUUAAAGUAUAAACAAGUAAAUCUGUAUUAAUUGAUCAAUGUAUAACCUUUAUUUUGAUAAUUAACAUCUAUUUACCUUAAGGAGAUUAUGAUUUAAUUAUGAUAUUACUAUUAAGUUAACUUAAGUAUAUUUAUGAAGCCUUUUUGAAAGUAGAUUAGAUUUCAUAUCUUACUCGACCUUAGAGAGGAAGAAUUAGUUUAAUAAAAUUUUUAGUAUCUUUAAUUUAUAUAGCUCAUUUAUUUAGUUGCAUAUGGUUUUGGUUUAGUAGUAUUGAUGUAGAGGAUUCUUGGAUUAUUACUAAGAGAUUAGGAAAUCUUAGAUGGUCAUCAUAAUAUUUGGAGGCAUUUUAUUUUGCAAUAGUUACAAUGUUGACAAUUGGAUAUGGGGAUAAUGUACCAUACAAUUAGAUUGAAAAAAUAGUUACUAUAAUUUUUAUUUUAUGUGCUUGUUUGUGGUUUUCUUAUAGUGUAAAUUUUAUUGGUGCAAUAAUUGAUGAUAUUACUUAAAAUUAAGUAGAGAGAAAUAAAAAGAUGAGAGUAAUAAAUAAGUAUAUGAGAGAACGUGAGAUUCCUUUUGCUUUAUAAUAUUAGUAUAUGAAAUAAUUAAUUAAAUAAUAGAAUCAAAGAAUAUUUGACAUAUAGAUGGAAAGAAGAUGAUGAAGUAGAUUUGGAAAUGGAAUAAGAAUUAUUAGGAUAAUUGUCAGAUGAAUUAAAAGAAGAAUUAGAUAAAUAAGCAUAUAAGAUAUUUAUUUUGAAAUGUGAAUUUUUAUAGAAAUAUUUUAGUGUUGAAUUUCGUAAUGCUCUUUUUAAAUCAAUAAAAAGAAAAAUUAUACAACCUUAAAAUACAUUUUCUAUUGAAUUAAAUGGAGAAUAUCAUUUAUGUUAUAUUGAAUAAGGAAUACUAUUAUAUUAACAUAGUGAUGGAAAAUAAAGAUCUAAAAUAAAUUCUCAUAUCAGUCAUGGUAGAUUUAUAUGUGUAAAAGAGUUUUUAUUAUAGAGUUAAGAAAAAGAAUUAUUUAAAGCUGCUGGAUAUGUAAGUUUAUUAAUGUUAUCAAAAUCAGACUUUUUGGAAACAUUAAAAGAUUUUCCAGAAGAUUUUUAAAAAUAUUGUUAAUUAAGAGAUUAAUUAAUACUUAAUUUAGAUUAAGAUUUAAUUAAAGAAGGUUAGUUUUGUCCUGUUUGUAAUAAAACUGAUCAUCAAUUAAAUCAAUGUUCUUAAGUAUAAUUGAUUCCAAAUAAAGAAUUAGUAGUCAAGAGACAUAUAUAUAAUUAAAAUUAAGAAAGAAAAUAUCGUUAAAGAAGAGUUAUUGAAAAACCAAUAAUGACUAGAGCAGAAAUGUUAUUUGUUUAAGAAUGUGCUAGAAUAUUUGCAUUAGAUAAUCCUUAACUCAUUUAAAAUUAAUAAAAAUGUCAACAUGUAAUAGAAUAAGAACCUGAAGCUAAUGUAAUCUUUCUUGGUAAUGAAGAAUAAUUACCAUCUGUUAAAGUGUUUCAUGUUUCAGAGGAAUACUUAGUUACUUCUGGUCAUUAAAGAGCAGUUAAAUGUAUAGAUUUAGAAAUGCAAUCAGAUGCUAGAAUAGAUAAAUAAAGUAAACAUAAUUAAAAGUAUAAUCCAAAAAGAAUUUACAAAGUAGGAUCUAUUUAUGAUCAUAAAUUCUUAAGGUAAAAUACUAAGAGUCCUUCCCUUUUAUCUAGUUUAAAUGAACCAUCUAUUGAAUAAUCAACUUAUGAAGCAAUCUUCAAUAAUGAGGUUGAUGCUUUUAGAAAUAAAAUAAAAAAUUUUGAAUAAAUGCAUGCUGAAAGCAUUAAAAUAGUUUAUAAUCAAAUGUUAAAAUUUAUUGAUGAUCCUGAACUUAUUAAAUAAGUAAAAGAUAUAACAUAUCUCUAUAUACAAUUAUUUAAUUAAUCUGAAACAAAUUUAGAUUAGAUUUAUAAUUAUGAUUAUUAUUUCCCUACCCAUAAUAUUACUUCAAUAAUAGAAUAAAUUAAUAAAAAUAAAUCAAAUUGGCAAUAAUUAAUUUUGAAUAGAUUUUAGAUGUAUAUGUUUUAUCCUUUUUAAUUUAUACUUAAAUUUUUAAAAUACAAAAGAAAUAAAGCAUAUGUUUCAAUAAUUAAUAAAUUUGAAACAAUUUAAAGAGCUAGACACAAAAUGAUGCUUUUAAGAACUACUAAAAAUUAAAUCAAAAGAAAUAAAGUGUUACCAGAAGAUUAAAUAAAUAGAAAAAAAUAAAUAUGA